AUGCAACGUCCACCGCCAGAAGAAUUUGCACUAAAGGAAACUAACCCGAAAAUCGCGGGAUCAGGCAACUAUGGCGAUAAACUUACAAGCACCUACGACCUUGUUGAGCAAAUGCAAUAUCUCUAUGUUCGAGUAGUCAAAGCCAAAGAUUUACCACCUAAAGAUGUCACCGGAGGUUGUGAUCCGUACGUUGAAGUCAAGCUAGGAAACUACAAAGGAGUCACACGACACUUUGAAAAGAAAUCGAACCCGGUUUGGGAUCAUGUUUUUGCAUUCUCACAAGAUCGGAUUCAGUCAUCAGUGGUAGAAAUUUAUGUUAAAGAUAAAAAUUUCGUUAAGGAUGAUUUUAUAGGAAAAAUAUUUUUUGAACUUCAAGAUGUUCCAAAAAGAGUCCCACCAGAUAGUCCACUUGCACCUCAAUGGUACAAGUUGGAAGAUAAAAAGGGGGACAAUAAGCUUAAACACGGCGAGAUUAUGCUCGCCGUGUGGAAAGGAACUCAAGCUGAUGAGUGCUUCCCUGAAGCGUGGCAUUCUGAUGCUGCCACAAUCAGAGAAGGCGUAUCAAAUAUUAGGGGAAAAGUUUACUUGUCCCCGAAACUUUGGUAUGUUCGAGUUAAUGUGAUCGAGUGUCAAGAUUUGCUUCCUAGUGAUAUAAAUAAGCCGGUGGAAUCGUGUGUGAAGGUAAAGUUGGGGGGUCAAUCGAUAACGACUAAAAUUUCUGGGGUGAAGACGGUGAACCCGAUUUGGAAUGAAGACUUGGUUUUCGUAGCAGCCGAGCCAUUUGAAGAGGCAUUACUGUUAACAGUUGAAUGUAACAAAGAGGAGGUGGGCAAGUGUUUGUUGCCAUUUCACAACGUGCAACGAAGGUGGGACAAUAAAGCGGUUCAAUCGCGAUGGCACAACCUUGAGAAACAUGCCGUGAUUGAUGGUGAAAAAAAAGAGACAAAGUUUGCUAGCCGAAUUCAUCUAAGAGUGUGUUUGGAUGGAGGGUAUCAUGUUUUGGACGAGUCAGCAAACUAUAGCAGUGAUCUAACGCCAACGGCUAAGCAACUAAAGAAAUCGAGCAUUGGCAUUUUGGAGUUGGGGAUUAUAAGCGCGAAAGGGUUGUCACCGAUGAAAACAAAAGAGGGACGGGCAACAACGGAUGCAUAUUGUGUUGCAAAAUAUGGAGGUAAAUGGGUUCGGACACGGACCAUUAUUGAUAACUUUUCGCCGUGUUGGAACGAGCAAUAUACAUGGGAGGUUCAUGAUCCGUGUACUGUGAUAACAAUUGGUGCAUUUGAUAACGGGCAUUUACAUCCGUCGAAUAAAGAUUCGAGGAUCGGGAAAGUGAGGAUCCGGUUAUCAACAUUAGAGACAGAACGAGUGUAUACACACUCGUACCCACUCAUUGCUUUACACCCAAACGGUGUAAAGAAAAUGGGCGAGGUACAAUUGGCUGUGAGGUUUUCGUGCACAUCGUACAUCAACAUGUUGUACAAAUACUCACUGCCAAUUUUGCCUAAAAUGCAUUAUGUGCAUCCAUUGUCAAUCCAUCAAACCGAUAUGUUAAGGCACCAUGCGACUCAAAUAGUCUCGUCUAGGUUAGCCCGUGCCGAGCCCCCUUUGAAAAAAGAGGUGGUCGAAUACAUGUUGGACGUUGGUGCGCACAUAUGGAGCAUACGAAAGAGCAAAGCGAAUUUCUUUCGCAUAGUAAACGUGGCUAGCGGCUUUGUAGGGUUGGUAAAAUGGUUAGACAUGAUAUGCCAUUGGAAAAAUCCGCUCACAACACUCUUAAUACAUGUACUUUUUGUGAUACUUAUACUCACGCCAGAGCUGAUCCUGCCUACGGUUUUCCUGUACCUCUUUGUCGUCGGGAUAUGGAGGUACAGAUGGAAACCGAGGCACCCUCCUCAUAUGGAUAUAAAAAUAUCAUACGCGGACGCGGCAUCCCCUGAAGAGUUAGAUGAGGAGUUUGACACAUUUCCAACUUCUAAAGGGUCGGCUUUAGUUCGGAUGAGAUAUGAUCGUUUACGAAGUAUCGGAGGCAAGAUUCAAACCGUAGCGGGUGACUUGGCAACUCAAGGCGAAAGGUUCCACUCAUUGUUGAGUUGGCGUGACCCAAGAGCGUCGGCAUUGUUUGUGACAUUUUGUUUGAUCGCCGCAAUCGUAUUGUAUGUGACACCAUUUCAAGUGGUUGCUCUUCUUAUCGUGUUUUACUAUUUGAGACAUCCGAGGUUUCGGACCAAACUACCUUCCAUGCCUGCAAAUUUCUUUCGAAGGCUGCCCUCUGGUGCAGAUCUUAUGUUGUAG